AUGAUGAGUACGCUUUUGUACUGGCCGUUGCCAUUAAAUCCGACGCCACUCCGCGGCGCCGUAAACGUCACGGGGACGCGCGCGUUCAAGUUGCGCGGCUGGUCGCGCCGAACGCGCGCGUUUGCGUUCGCCGCGCGCACUGAAAGCCCUUCGCGGCCGCGGCCCAACCGGCCCGCCCGCGUCUCCACCGCCAGACGGUCG